GGCCAUUCAUGCAGUCAGUCACGUGUCAGUCUUGGGAUCUCUGUCUGUUGUGUCAGAUCAAAGGUUGUUUCAUAACACUUGGACACGGUUCAAUCCAUGGUGUUAAGUCACAGCUGUCCUCUCGCAUGCACACCGAUGGGCAAACGAAGGACAACUUGUGAAAUGCAGCACAGCUCAUUGAUGGAAAAAAAGGCUGAACUCUUCAAGAGCUUGCAAAGCUAACGAACAGACUCGUCGUCUCGGCACUCGUCUUGGUCACGGAAAGUUGACUGCAGGCUGACCAUCUUGUCGGGCUCCUGCUUGACGACCCCGAGCAGAAUCGGCACUUCGCUGUCAUCAUUGGCGAGGUUUUUCAUCCCACUCCGCAUCCCGCCCCACCCACUCUCAGACACCUGAUGAUCUACUCUGCCGGCCAGGCAGCCGCGGGCGGUUGGUGCCACUGGGGUUGGUGAGACAGGACUCAUCUGUCGGGCUGAGGAGAAAGGACACCACAUUACAGACAACAGCAAAUGACACAAGGUCAUCCAUCCAGUCACACGAUGCGUACCCGAUAGAUCUUGACAGCGACUCUUUUGUUCUGUAACGGGAUCAGGGAGCAGUAGAACCCCCUAGCCUCCCCCUUCACCUCCUGGCGCACCAUGCCGAACAGCAUGGCAACCUUUCCUAUGUCGCCUGGGAAAGCCUUAAUCUCCGCCGCGUCAGGCCCCCCAACCCACUCAGCCGCAGCGAUGAUCAGCUCCUCAUACGGGACCUCUGCGUAGCUGUGUAUGCUGAUCUCCCGGCGCACCUGAACCAGAAGCCCCAGUGCGACCUUGUUGGCCACGCGCCGCAUUGCCUCGUCCCUCCGCGAGGCUCGCUCCUGUUCCGAUGGCGGCGGGCCCUGCAAAUCACUCUCAGACACCUGAUGCACACGUCACCAACGAAUCGCAUCUCAGUGGCUGCGCAGGCGAACGAGUGUGUGCUCGUGCGGUGUGCGUGUGGUUACAUCGAUGCCGAAGAAGCGCAUCUCGCGGAUCAGCUUGCGCGUGUCGACGGAGGCGUCGAUGAGCAGCGGCAGUCCAUCCCGGUAGUAGUCGAGUACAUGGGAAAACAGCGCCGGGUCACGGUCGAUGAAGACGGGCUGGCCUUGUUGGAUCAGCUAAUACUCGGCCGUCGACUCGUUGGUCACCAGCUGCCCCAGCAGCGUGUGUGGGUGGAUGGCCAGUGUCGACUUGGCCACACUGAACUCACGACCGCCGAUAUUCAAGCGAACGAAGCUCGUCAUCUGCAGAGAUCAACACACACAGAGAUUAGCU